AUGAACCUUGUGCUUGAUGGACUGAAACUCAACUGUUCUUUAAAAGAGCCUCUGAAGGUGAUGAUAUCCGGUGCACCGGCAUCAGGCAAAGGAACUCAGUGUGAAUUGAUUGUCCGCAAGUUUGGAUUGGUACACAUAUCAACGGGGGACCUUCUAAGAGCUGAAGUGUCAUCUGGGACAGAAAUUGGAAAUAAAGCCAAAGAGUUCAUGAAUGCUGGCCGUCUGGUCCCUGAUGAAGUCGUGACUGCGAUGGUCACAGCACGAUUAUCACGGGAAGAUGCAAAAGAAAACGGGUGGCUUCUAGAUGGCUACCCCCGAAGUUUUAACCAAGCACAAAGCCUGCAAAGUUUGAAGAUAAUACCAGAUGUUUACAUUGUAUUAGAUGUUCCUGAUGAAAUUCUAAUCGACAGAUGUAUUGGAAGAAGGCUAGACCCAGUUACAGGGAAGAUUUACCAUCUCAAAAGUUUCCCUCCAGAGACUGAGGAAAUUAAAGCAAGACUUAUCACCCGUCCUGAUGACACCGAGGAGAAGGUGAAGUCACGCCUUGAAAUAUACAAGCAAAAUGCUGAUGCAAUCUCAACCACUUACUCCCACAUAAUGAAAAAGAUCGAUGGGAACCAUCCUAAGGAAGUAGUUUUUGAAGUAAUAGACUCUAUAUUGUCACAAGUGCAGAAAGAUAAAGAAACGAAGAUGAAAUUAGGGAAAUCAAAUCCGUCAACUUCAGUCCAGGAUAACUGGAGGGGAAUUCCUACUAAAUUGAAUAACAUUCCACAUUCUAGAGACAUCAGGAAAUAUUUCUAUGAGGAUGUGCUGCAGGCCACCCAAAGAGCAAUAAAUGAUGGAAGAACUCGACUAAAGGUGGAGAUUAAUAUUCCAGAGCUGAACCCAGAAAUGGAUGUUUAUCGAAUAGGUACCUUAAUGGAACUUGUUCGAUCUCUUGCUCUUUCAUUUGCCGAUGAUGGGAAACAUGUCAAGGUUUGUGUUCAAGGCUCUAUGGGGGAAGGCGCUCUUGCUGGAAUGCCAUUACAGCUUGCUGGUACUCGAAAAAUAUUGGAGUUCAUGGACUGGGGUGAAUAUGAGGCUAUGGGGACGUUUAUCAAUAUUGGUUCUAUAGGUGGCGAAGAGGUAGAUGAGCAAGAUGACCUGUUUAUCUUAGUAGCUCCUCAAAAUGCUGUUGGGAAUUGUAUUAUUGAUGAUCUAAGAGCUAUGACCGAUGCUGCUGGGGACCGACCAGUAAUUCUUAUCAAUCCCAGGCUCAAGGAUUUGCCUGCUUCAAGUGGAAUCAUGCAAACCAUGGGGCGCGACAAGAGAUUGGAGUAUGCUUCAUCAUUCGAAAAUUGCUAUUUCUUUCGGCUUCUCUAUUAUGCAGGAACCCAAUAUCCAAUUAUGGGUGCUCUCAGGAUGUCUUAUCCAUAUCGUUACGAACUGUACAAGAGGGUGGAUGACCCUUCUGGGAAAGAGAAGUAUGUUAUCUUGUCUACAUUUCCUGAAAAGCCAAGUACCGAUGAAGUGAAUGAUGCUUUCGAAGGAAAGCCUAGAAAUGAGAGUAAGAAAGCCUUGGGAUUCUGGGGAUUCUUAAGUGGUAUAUUUUGA